UCCAUUUGGUGAGCGCAUGCGCUGUCACGCAGCUUUUGUUAUUUGAUUCCAGUAUGGCGCUGAGUAAGACUUUUGGCCAAAAACCUGUCAAAUUCCAACUUGAGGAGGAUGGGGAUUUUUAUAUGAUCGGAUCCGAGGUGGGCAACUACCUGCGUAUGUUCAGGGGCUCUCUGUAUAAAAGAUAUCCGUCCUUAUGGAGGAAGCUGGCGUCAGUCGAAGAGCGGAAGAAGAUCGUGGAGUCUUCACACGACCACGGCUACACUCAGCUGGCCACCAGCGUCACUCUGCUCAAAGCCUUGGAGGUGGAGGAGAUCCUUGAAGGCAACGACGAGAAGUACAAAGCUGUGUCCAUUAGCACCGAGCCUCCCGCCUACCUCAGGGAACAGAAGGCCAAGAGGAACAGCCAGUGGGUUCCCACGCUUCCCAACAGCUCCCACCACCUGGACGCCGUGCCGUGCUCCACCACCAUCAACCGCAGCCGCCUGGGCCGUGACAAGAAGAGGACGUUCCCGCUGUGUUUUGACGAUCACGACCCGGCCGUCAUCCAUGAAAACGCCACUCAGUCCGAAGUCCUGGUCCCUAUCCGUCUGGACAUGGAGAUCGAGGGACAGAAGCUGAGAGAUGCUUUCACCUGGAACAUGAACGAGAAGCUGAUGACGCCCGAGAUGUUUGCCGAGAUCUUGUGCGACGACCUGGACCUCAACCCUCUGGCCUUCGUGCCUGCCAUCGCCUCCGCCAUCCGCCAGCAGAUCGAGUCGUACCCCACGGACAGCAUCCUGGACGAGCAGACGGACCAGAGGGUCAUCAUCAAGCUCAACAUCCACGUGGGCAACAUCUCACUGGUGGACCAGUUUGAGUGGGACAUGUCCGAAAGGGAAAACUCCCCCGAGAAGUUUGCCUUGAAGUUGUGCUCCGAGCUGGGCCUGGGGGGCGAGUUCGUCACCACCAUCGCCUACAGCAUCCGCGGUCAGCUCAGCUGGCACCAGAGGACCUACGCCUUCAGCGAGAACCCCCUUCCCACAGUGGAAAUCGCCAUCAGGAACACGGGCGACGCCGACCAGUGGUGCCCCCUGCUGGAGACGCUGACAGACGCCGAGAUGGAGAAGAAGAUCAGAGACCAGGACAGGAACACCAGGCGAAUGAGGAGACUCGCCAACACGGCGCCAGCCUGGUAGAAGUGUUGUCGUCGUCAUCAGCGCCAUCUACGCCCCCCCCCCAAACCUCCACCUUACUGGACCAACGUGGCUGCCACGACCGGUACUUCUUUUUUUUUUUUAUGUUGAUUGUUUUAUUUUUGUCCUUUCUGUGCUCACGUUUGCUUGGCGUCUCCUGGCUGCACACGGACUCGAACACAAGCCAGAGCAGACGUCCGAGGUAAUCUGUCGUUACGUGCUGCUUGACGUCUUUUUGUACAUUUCAAUGAUUGCUAGGAAAAUAAAAUGAAAAGAAGGUUAUCUUGGUGCCUUUUGUGGAAGAAUUGCAAUGCAAAGGAGGAAGCAGCGCAGUUGUCGGGAUUUGUCAGCGGCGCCCGUCCAUCCCGAGCGUGAAGAUGACCACCAUCGCACGUUGGCCGCACGGGAUCUAUCUUGGUGUUCCUUCACAGUAAAAGCCUCUUGGGCUUCAACCUGCCGGCUGUGUCGCAUGCUAACACGCAACAAACACACCAACGUGGAAUGCUGGCCACACUUCCUGUUUGAGCGUUUAAGGACACACACGGUGGGGGCGGGGUUUUUAAUGGACGCAUUUAAAAAAAUAAAAUAAAAGCAUAUUACAACUUUUUAAAAAUGAUUUCAAGUUUCUGACGCCAAAAUGCGUUAUUUUUCCUGAUAAUAUGACAUUAUUCUCAUGACAUUACAACUUUUCCUUGUUAGAUUGCAACUUUUUAUCUCUUAAGAGUUUGACUUUAUCCUUGCUUUGUUGUUGUAAUGUUUGGACUUUAUUCCCAUAAUAUUAGAAGCUUUUCCCCAACCUCCCUCAACCUUAUGCUACUCAAAUGACAUUUUUUUUCAUAAUAUUACCAGUUUAUUCUCAUAACAUUUCUCAUAAAACCUCAAAAAACUUUUUCUCAUUAGCAUAGGAGUUUUUUCUCUUCAUAGUUUGACUGUAUUCUAGUAAGAUUACCGCAGAUUUUUUCUUUUUUGUUAUUCCAAUUAUAAAAAUAAAUACAUUUCCAAAUAUUUUGACUUUUUAGUAAAUUUUAUUCUUGUAAUAUUUUGACUUUAUUCCCAUAAUAUUAUAACCUCCUCCCCAACCUAAUUGGGGGGUUUUAAAACUUUUUUUCUUGAAUAUUUCAACUCUGCUACUAAAAUGACAUUAUUUUUCUUCAUAAUAUUACCAGUUUAAUUUACUGCAAUUUUUUUUCUAUUGUUUUAAAAUUUCCCAAAAAAAUGUAUCAAUAAAUGUCCCAAUAUUUCAAGUUUCUUGUAAAUGUUCUUCUUUUAAUAUUAUGACUUUAUUCCCAUAAUAUUUUGAAUUUAUUUCGAUAAUAUUUUCACUUUAUUCCCACAUUAUGACGUUUUGCCCAACUUAAUUUUCCCAAAAUAAUGUAACUUUGUUUUGUUUGCUUCUUAUAAUAUUAUGACUUUUUAAAAAUGUGUUUUUUCUGAAAUAUUUCAACUUUAUGCCACUAAAAUGUUAUUUGUCCUCAUCAUAUUACAGCAUUAUUCUUAUAAAAUUACAACAGAGUCAGAGUUUUUCCUUUUUAAUAUUUAGACGAUUUUAAUCCUUGUAAAAUGACCGUUGUUUUCCAUUUAUGCUGGGGUUUUUUUUUUUUAAUUUUUAAAUGAUAUUUUUUGAGUGUCGCUGUUUGUAGAGUGAUGUCUGAGGGAAAUACGUUAAGUGUAAAAAGAAGUGAAGCAGUGUUGAUGCUAGUACCUACGUGGUGGGAAUGAGUUAGUAGGCUACAGUAUGUGCUGCUUUCAAUGUUUUGUCUUGGCACAACUUCCUGUUUCUCAUUGUUUUUUUUCUGUGUUUUGGUGGGAAAAAACCCCCCAAAUAUAUUUGAUCGAGGAUCCAAGUUUAUUGAGAACAAACAAUUAUGUGAGUGGUUACAUUGGAGUAAGAAAUAGUAUGAAAAACAAUGAUUUAUGUACAAGUGUAUAAAUACCAUGUCAAUAUAAUCAUUCUUAUUAUUGAAGUGGUUAACUGACGACAUGAACGUGUGACGCGGUGACAAAUGGAGCGACUCGUCAGUGACCCGCACUGGCGAGUCCGUCGUUUUUACGGAGGGAGUCCCUGAAGGCAUCGCGCUGAUCCUCACGCGAACCUCACCGACCGCGUCCGCCUCUAGGUGGCACCGAGAAGCGUCUUCACAGCAUUUCCACUCGGCGCCUCGCCGGAGGCCCCACUCCACAAAGCACCCGAGGAUGGGCGGACGAGUCCCGAACAAAAGUCCAAACAAGUUUCCCAGCAGAACGCUUUCCUGAGGAGGGGAGACCAAGAAGGUCCCAGGUUCCGCUCACAUGUUUCCACACCCGAAAAAGUCCACGCCCACGUAGCGGGGGUAGCCUUCCAGGGAGUUCAUGCCCACCGGGUCAAACUUCCAGUACUGGCGUCCUCGGAUGAAGUGGGCGUAGCCUGGAACACACAGCAGGAAACUUCCUGUUAGCAAACACCUUCUCACACCAAAAGCCACAUGGGAACAAAUCACAGGAUGCAAACAUAUAUUUGGCAAGAAAAAAAUACUUUGUCUUUGUCACAGACAUGAAAAAUCAGACUUGGUGUCAAUUUCACUUCUUGUUUCCUAUUUUUGCUGGGUUUGGGGUUUGUUUGUUUUUUUUUAUUUUUCUAAAUAUGUCAGCUUUCAUCUUGUAAAUUAUGACUUUAUUCUCCUAGUAUAACUUUUUCCCACAGCCUAAUUUUUUCUUGACUAUUUCAGCCCUAUGCUACUAAAUUGACAUAAUCUUUACUCGUCUCAGACAAUUGGAACUUUUUUUCUUGUUAGAAUGUGACUUUUUCCUCUUAAUAUUUUGACUUUAUUCUUGUAAAGUUACCGCUCAUGUUUGCAGUUCUUCAAAUAUGUCCAACUGUUGUAAGUUUUCUUCUCGUAAUAUUGUCACUUUUUCCCCCAACCUCAUUUUUUUUUUAAUAACAUUUUUCUUGAAAAUUUCCACUGUAUUCUACUAAAAUGACAUUUUUUCUCAGCGUAUUACCGGUUUAUUCUCAUAAAAUUCAAGCUUUUUUUGUUGUUAGAAGAAUACUUAAAAAUGUUUUUUUUUCUUUAAUAUUCCAACAUUAUUUUUCCUGAUAAUACUACAAUUGUAUUCUGAUAAAAUUGCUCAUUUUUUUCUCGUUACAACACAACGUUUUUCUUUAAAUAUUUUGACUUUAUUCUUGUAAAAUUGCAGCUAUUUUUUCCAUUUUUGUUUGUAAUUUUCCAACUAUUUCAACUUUCUUCUUGUCAGUGUUCUUCUGGUCAUAUUUGGACUUUAUUCCCACAACAUUAGAACUUUUACCCAAACAAAUGUUCCUAAAAUGACAACUUUUGUUUUUGUUUGGUUCUCAUAAUAUUCUGACUUAAAAAAAGAAGCUAUUUUUUCUUGAAUAUUCCAA